AUGUCAACUUAUUCGACUUAUUCGCAAGAUGAGAAAGAACUAUAUUCUGAAUGGUGCUCGAAAUUUGGUCUUGCAAGACACCGCUUACUUGCCAUAGUAAAACGUAUAGGGAUUGCCAUUGAUAAAGAAAUAUCACUAAAUAUAUAUCUUAAAUUUUGUGAAAGCGUUAUUGUUGAAUACUGCUUAAUUGAUGGAAAGAUAGAAGCUUAUGAUAUGCCUGACGAACCUCACGCAAUGGAUAAUACUUUUGCAUUGCUUGCACUGCUGUAUUCACGAAAUAACCCAAAUCCAACAACACCUAUCAUCGUAAAGUUAUUCGCUAUUCCCACUAACCCACUUUUCAAUGGUGCCCAUGGUGAUGUUCCUAUUGGUAUACCUCAAAACUUUUAUAUAGAUUUAUUUAUAUUGCAAGAUGUAUAUCAGAAUGCACUGGAAACUUGA